UGGGGCGACGGAGGACGGGAAAGAGCGAGGGAGACCUGUCGAGAGUUGUGAACUUCCGGGUGGCAGCGGCUGGGAUGCCGGUGCCGCCCCUCCACUCAGUCAUCUGGGAUAUUGUGAGCUGCGCUGGCUGGCCGCCCCGAAGACCAGACCCAUUGACUGACGUACCUCGCCUUCUCCCUCGGGUCCCCGCCCCCACCCCCGCCUCAUCUUUCCCUCAGCUCCCCUGAGUUCGCCGGCUGGACGCCUCUGUCCCCCCUCCCCUCGCCUCGGCCCUUUCUCUUCCCAGCACUUCGGCAGGUUGGCUGCGGCGGUGGCUGCUGGGCCCCGCGUCGGCGACCCGAGCAGCCGCUGCAGGAUGAAGUGUAAGCCGAACCAGACGCGGACCUACGACCCAGAGGGGUUCAAAAAGCGGGCGGCAUGCCUGUGCUUCCGGAGCGAGCAGGAGGACGAAGUGCUGUUAGUGAGUAGCAGUCGGUAUCCAGACCGCUGGAUCGUGCCGGGCGGGGGCAUGGAGCCCGAGGAGGAGCCCGGCGGUGCGGCAGUGCGAGAGGUGUACGAAGAGGCGGGAGUCAAGGGGAAGUUAGGCCGGCUCCUGGGCGUAUUCGAACAGAACCAAGAUCGCAAACACAGAACGUAUGUGUAUGUACUGACGGUCACUGAGAUCCUGGAGGAUUGGGAAGAUUCGAUCAGCAUUGGGAGGAAGCGAGAGUGGUUCAAAAUCGAAGAUGCCAUCAAGGUUCUCCAGUGCCACAAACCGGUACAUGCCGAGUAUCUGGAAAAACUCAAGCUGGGCGGUUCUCCAACCAGUGGAAGCUCCUUGGCGCCUUUCCUGCCAGAUAGCGAUGCCUAGUAUGUACUGCUCCUGCACAGACUUCUGAUUUUCCACCUACCUUUUUAAAAUAAAUGGAGAUCUUGGCUGCUAACCAAAAGGCCCUAAGUUUGAAUCCACCAGCCGCUCCUUGGAAACACUAUGGGGCAGUUCUACUUUGUCCUAUAGAGUUGCUAUGAGUCGGAAUCCUCUUGGUGGCAACGAGUGUUUUUUGUUUGUUUGUUUUGUUUUUAAAUAAAUAAUGCCUGGAGCACCUCUUAUGCCAUGUGAGAUCUCACAGGGAGGAGGGAAGCUUCUUUUGUGUCCUUGGCAAACUUCUGAAUCAUGCUUGCAAACUGUCUCAUUUGCCAGGCAGGGUUUUCAGACAGUUGGCACGUUUUUCAGAUGCUUUGAAAAUCCUUUCUUGGUAAGCCAAAGCCACAUGAGAUUUUUUUUUAAGGCACCUUAAUUGCUCACCCCUCCUUUGUGGGGAGUGGUUGUGCGUGUGUGGUUUUUCCUUCACAUGUCUGUGUGUGAUCGUGCAUGUGCAUUUUUGAUACCAGUCUAGUGGUUUGUUUUGUAGUGGAGGCCUUUAAAAUCCCAUCAGUUUGAUUGUAUGGACAUCUUUUAUCUUUUUUUCCCAAAGGUGGUUUCUCAUUUACAGCAUUAGCCCUUUUUAGCCAGCCCUUCUAUGGUGGGAAUUGGUUUAAAAGCUCAGUUUUGAAUAAUUUAAAAAAAAAAACUAAAGAAAAUCUCUAGUUUGUGCUUUCUGCACUUAACAAUAAUUAUUUCUUGAGAAAUGUGAUCUAAUAUGCCUUUUUCAGAAAUUUCUUAGGCUUUUCCUAUGCACAUCUUUUGAUUUUCAAAAAAUUUUCACAAUUGGUAAUUUCUUCACUGCUGACUUGGAAGGCCAUUUCCCUUACAGUUCAAGUGUAGUUUAACAAAGCAUUACCUUAUAGAGUGUCCCUGGGUGGUGCAAACAGUUAAGGUGCAUGGCUGCUAACUGAAAGGUCGGCAGUUUUGGUCCACCCAGAGGUACCUCAGAAGAAAGGCCUGGUGAUUUACUUCCUAAAAUUCAGCCAUUGAAAAACCCUGUGGAGGAAUACAAUUCUACUCUGACCCACAUAAGGCCAUCAUGAGGCAGAAUCCACUAGCAAGCAACUUAAGGUUGUUGAUGACCUUACAAACCCCAAAACCAAACCCAUUACAGUUCAGUAGAUUCGACUCAUAGCAACCCUAUAGGACAGAGUAGAACUGACCCAUAGGGUUUCCAAGAUUCGAACCACUGCGCUACUGGGGCUCCUGUACCUUGCAGAGUAGAUAUUUCUGUGGGAAAGGUAUUGUUAGCCAAACAUAUUUUGGUAUAUACACCUUAUCAUGAAAACUCCAUUGCCUCUUUCUCCUGGUUCCCUAUAAAAACCUUGAUUCACUCAAUAAAAAUAAGCUUCUGAAAAAAUGUUAUUUCCCAUUUUUUUAAUUUAGUGACAUUGCAGUUAAGCUCCCCUGGCUAGCAGUAGCCACAGGAAUGGAAUCUUACAUGGUGAUUGCAUUUCAAUUGACUGAAGUAGCUUUCUUGGUACUCAGUGUAACAGAUUUCUCAAACUGUUAGGACACCUGAACAAUCUCAAGGAUCGUGGAUAAAUAUUUUGUCUUGUAUGACCAACUUUUUUAGGUGCUGAAUUAAGAACUAGAUUUAUCUUGAUACUUGCUUGAAAUCAGGAAUCCCAUCUGAAGUACGUAGGUCUCCCUUCUGGAACUCCCUGUUUCUACAGCCAUGUCAGAAAUCGGGUAGAGGGAAAGCCUACUUCGUGAAGAGGGUACUGGGGAUGGAAACAUCAUUCCUAAUUGUUAGGGCAACCUGGAAUACGUCAUGUCUCUUAAAAAGAUUGUUGGUAGUUAUUUUGUGUGAAAUAACUUUUUUUUUUUUUGAGUCACUGUAAUGCACUGUGUUUUAAGAAAUUUUGAGUUUUACUCUGUAAAGUGUAGAUUCCUCAUAUGGAACUCCGCUCUGGGGAAGGUUAAGAAAAAACCUACUUUGUGAAGAGGGUAUGGGUAGAAGAUAUCUUUCUACGUAGUAUAUUUAACAUCUUAAGAAUGUUCCAUAGUCCAAUAAAGUAUAAAAUGGACAAAAAAUGUAAUUUAAGUGUUUUGUUAUUUCACAAAUUAGAACACAAUGGUAAAAUUGAAUGCUGUUUAUUAUUAUUUUAACUUUGGUGCUGCGGCUGUUUUCAGAAUAAGA